GGGAAGAGGCUGCCGGGUACUGUAGACUGUGUGAGCUGGGGGAGGGUGGACAAACUGUGGAUGACGUGCUUCCCAACCCAAGCAGGGGUGUUGAAAUUCUGUCGAGCGCUUACAGAGGAAAGGAAAGGGAUGAACAGAUCGUGAAGAAAGCGAGCACCUUUCAAACGCUCAUCUGUUGAAAGGAGCUGAACACAGAGAGCGCUGCAGCGAGGAACCCCCUGUGAGUGAGUGAGCGAGUGUCUGACCAGGAGCCAUGGCUGCAUUCAGACAGGAGAGCGUGGACGAGUACUACGAGAUGGGAGAGGAGCUGGGCAGCGGUCAGUUUGCCAUCGUUCGGAAGUGCCGUGAGAGGAGCACAGGAAACGAGUACGCAGGCAAGUUCAUCAAGAAGCGCCGCCUGUCCUCGAGCCGGCGCGGAGUGAGCCGGGAGGAGAUCGAGCGCGAGGUGAACAUCCUGCGGGAGAUCCAGCACCCCAACAUCAUCACGCUGCACGACAUCUUCGAGAACAAGACCGACGUCAUUCUGAUCCUGGAGCUGGUGUCCGGGGGCGAGCUCUUCGACUUCCUGGCUGAGAAAGAGUCCCUGACGGAGGAGGAAGCCACCCAGUUCCUGAAGCAGAUCCUCGACGGAGUCCACUACCUGCAUUCCAAGAGCAUCGCGCACUUCGACCUCAAGCCUGAAAACAUCAUGCUGCUGGAUAAGAAUGUCGCCAGUCCCCGAAUCAAGCUCAUCGACUUUGGGAUUGCGCACCAGAUCACGGCUGGCAACGAGUUCAAAAACAUUUUUGGAACCCCAGAGUUUGUGGCUCCAGAGAUUGUGAACUAUGAGCCUCUGGGAUUAGAAGCAGACAUGUGGAGUAUUGGAGUGAUUACCUAUAUCCUGCUGAGCGGUGCCUCCCCCUUCCUGGGGGAAACAAAGCAGGAGACCCUGACUAACAUCUCUGCUGUGAACUACGACUUCGAUGAGGAAUACUUUGUGCACACCAGCGAGCUGGCCAAGGACUUCAUCCGCAGACUGCUGGUCAAGGACCCCAAGAAGAGAAUGACAAUUGAGGACAGUCUACAGCAUCCAUGGAUUAAGGUGAUCAAGCGACGGAACGUGCGCAAGGAGGACAGUGACAAGAAGCCGGAGAGGCGCAGGCUCAAGACCACGCGGCUGAAGGAAUACACCAUCAAGUCUCACUCCAGCAUGCCUCCCAACAACACCUACGUGAACUUCGAGCGCUUCUCCAAGGUGCUGGAGGAGAUCGCAGUGGCCGAAGACGGGCUGCGAGAGCUGGAGCGGAACAAGUUGUCCUGCCAGGAAGACAUCGCUGCCCUGCUGUCCAUCUACGAGGAGAAGGAAAGCUGGUACAAGGAGGAGAACGAGAGCAUUGAGGGGGAUCUGGGGCAGAUCAGGCUGGAGCUGCAGCGCACAGAGGCCCAGAGGAGACAGAGCCAGGAGGAGGUGCGAGCGGCCCUGCUCUCCGCCAACGCACUCAAGAGGCGCUUCGGCCGCCUGGAGAACAGAUUCGAGGUGCUGGCCGAGCAGGUGGCCUCCGAGAUGAAGUGGGUAGAGGAGCUGGUGCUCUCCAUCGAGCAGGAGAAGAGGCAGGGCACAAGCAUGCGCUGAGAGUGACCGAUUUAAAUAGAUAUGCACUCACACACACACACACACCCACACACACACACACACACGCAUGCAUGCACCUGCAACACAGCAGUGCUCCUGUUUAUAUAGUGCACAAGGAGUUGAGAAUGCCGCUCUUAAUUGUUAUGUAGACGCAGAACCCUAUGCAAUAGAAUCGCAAAGUUACGAACCAAACCAAACUUGAAACAGGACUCCUGCUGGGAAUUGUGAAUCCAGUCCACAUAUAUGAAAUCAUUGGGAAUAUUGCAGUCUUCAGAGUUACAGACAACCUUCAUUCCUGGUGCGUUCGUAACUUUGAGGUUCUAUUGCAAAGCUAAAAUGUUGCCUUCAGGUGGAUUUCAUGUUAUUUUAUUUUACUGUAACAUGUUUGUGUCCUCUGGUAAGCUGUUGCAGAGUCAGAAACAUCUGAAAUAUUACUGUAAAGUCUUUUUUUUUUUUAACUUGUGUGUUGCCUGAAAACGGCAUGUGAAUGCAGGGUUACAUGUUUUUGGCGUUCUGCAUAUUUCUAAAUGUUUUCAGUCGUUAGGUGUUUGUGGAGAGUGGAAACUCUAUUCCAAAAAAGUACUUCUCUGUUUUUUUGUAAUGGUUUUCCUACAGGGGUUAUUGUUGAGCUACUGACAAGUUUAGUUUUAAAUAGGAUCUCUUAUCCCAUAUUGUAUCCUUACAGCAGAUCCUGAUAAUACGCUUACAGCUUCUAUUUUAAAGAAUAGUUAAUAAUGAUGUAACAAGUCAGGAUUUAGCAUUUCUUCACUGUUGGGGUGAAGCUAAGUGCCUGGGAGACGGAGGGUUAGAAGGGCGUUUACUACUUGUGUUUUGUUGUUUUUAUGGUAGAUGCAAUGAUUCUUAGGUUAUGUGGUGGAAUGUUGAGCACAUUGGAACGCGGUGCUGGAAUUGGGUUUGUGGUGGAAUGUUGGAACGCGGUGCUGGAAUUGGGUUUGUGGUGGAAUGUUGAGCACAUUGGAACGCGGUGCUGGAAUUGGGUUUGUGGUGGAAUGUUGAGCACAUUGGAACGCGGUGCUGGAAUUGGGUUUGUGGUGGAAUGUUGAGCACAUUGGAACGCGGUGCUGGAAUUGGGUUUGUGGUGGAAUGUUGAGCACAUUGGAACGCGGUGCUGGAAUUGGGUUUGUGGUGGAAUGUUGAGCACAUUGGAACGCGGUGCUGGAAUUGGGUUUGUGGUGGAAUGUUGAGCACAUUGGAACGCGGUGCUGGAAUUGGGUUUGUUUUAAUGAGUGUUUCUGACCUUAAUGUGUGAAUUCAUCCUCUCUGUGGUGGGAUAGCCAAAAUAGCAUGUGCCAAUGCUUGAAUUAUUUUGAGCGUUAAUGUGAUUAAAGUCUAUACUGUGCAGGUCCCUGGGAUUGUAGCAUUGAUAACCAGGUGGUCCGUGUGCAUAGUUCUAGCUGUACCCUUACUGUCACUGCUUUAAUAAUGCUGUUUGCUACUGUGAUACCAGCUCCUGAUAACCUGGCUCUGUUACAUUAGCAACAUAUUUAGGAUGAAGAAGACAUUGGGGUACUUUGAGCUGCUGAUGCCCGAAUCUUUAAAAACAAGUUACUCAACCACUUCACAGCUGAAGUACAAUCCUAGGAAAAAAGAAAUGCAGUAAUUAGUGUCAUUAAUAACAAGACUGAGGAUGUGCAAAAUUAAUCAAAAUGUUAUUAAACCGUGCAUAUUGCCAAACAUAAUGGUGGGAGGGAAUGUCGCUCCUAUGUGAGGUGAUGAGUGAAGUAAAGCAAAGCUGGGUGAGCAGUGAAAGUGUUUUAUAAGAAUGCACGGCGCAGACUCCGUGUAUGAGCUCUUUACAGCUGUAUUAAUAGCAUGAUGAUGAUGGUGGGGACCACACACAGCACAUCGUUUCAGUGGCACUGAACUGCUCUUGCUGUUACAGUGUGGACUUGCUGCUGAUCAGUGGUGUUUUAACAGAACUCAUGUGUUUGUGUUGCAGAAUGGGUUCACAGUUUCUUUUUUUAUGUCUUAAUACAAUUCAAACACUGAUUUGGGGUUAAUUAAAAUGAAUUGCAUAACCUUAAACAAUCGCCAAACAUGCAUUGUAACAGUGUGGUCACACAGUCCUACAGUAUUCUAGACCUACUUGUGUUUGUAAGAAGUGCCAUUGGAGGGGGGAUUUCUUAUUUUCCCAAAAUAAAAGACUUCUGAAGAGUGGAGAAGAUCUGAUGGUGGCUUGGAUUAGUUUUGCAGCCACGAGAACAGACAGUUCUUCUUCUUAGGUUUUAUCCAGCGCAGCUGACAGCAAUAAACGGGCAUAAAAAAAUAAGCUAACAUUAAUGGCAUUAAGGUGUAUUUAAACAUUGCUGUAGAGGAACAGUACUGGGAAUGAAAGGGUUAAUAACACCUAUGAAUAAUACUAAUAUGGAAAAGCCUUAGCAAUGUUUCCAAGUGUGUUGAUAUUUGCCAAGCAGUAUAGUUUAUAUGUUUAUAUAUAUAUUUUUCAUUGACACAGUCUGGAAGAAAAGUGUGGUGCUCUUGCAAUAAGAAUUGUUAUUAAGAUAAUGUGAUUGUAUUCCAGUCCCCAUAUCUUGUGCAGUCAGUUGAAAGCUGCUUUUGCACGUGACAGAGCGUAGCGAGGACUGGCGGGUACGUGGAGGGUGAUCUGCUAAGGAGCGCACUGUCUCCAGCGGGUUUGUAAUGUUUUUAAGUACUGUAGAACUGAAAGCCAUGCAAAACAGCAAUGCUGCGCACAUUGUGAUUAACCCCGGAUUUCUGGAAGAAACGCCAAAUGAUAUGCAUGAACUUCACUCAGCUUUUUUGGAAACGUCUCUUGAUCUGCUGCCUUGUUGUUUUUGAAAACUUCUACAUCAUUCCUUUUGUAAAACCUUUUCUACCAUUCCUUUGUUCAAGACAAUAUUUGUCAUUUUCAUUUAUUUGCAAAUUAGUGUAUGCUCAUAUGCUUGUUUAAGAAUACUGUUAUAUUUAUGCAUUUUUUUUUUAAAAGUAUAGCCUAGGUAUUGAAUCCCAAAGUUUUUACAAAUAAAAUGAACACAAAACGAAA